AUGCCACACCACUUUCUUUUACAUAUAAUUGAGGAGGACCGGACGCCAGCCUGCAUGCGGGUGGGUUUCGGGGUCAUUGAAAGUUCAGCCUGCAAACGGGUUUCAAGAUUAUUUCGUGGAGCUGGAGCAUUGGCCGCUCAAGCCUCGAGGGCCCGCAGUCCCAAUGGCAUCGCCGUCGUGCUCUCGAUGGUGUCUGGCGGUGGUGUCCCUACCGAUGAUGAUCAGGCGACAGGGUUGGAGCGGGAGGUCAUGAUGGCUGCCCGGAAAGGCCAGGAUCCGUACAAUAUGCUUGCUCCAAAGGCAGCUGUAGGCACUAAGGAAGAUCCUAAUUUUGUUCCCUCCAUCACCAAUAAGCGAAUAGUAGGCUGCAUCUGUGAAGAAGACAACAGUGUUGUGAUCUGGUUUUGGCUACACAAAGGCGAUGCACAGCGAUGCCCUAAUUGUGGGACCCAUUACAAGCUGGUGCCCCACCAGUUAGCUCACUGA